AUGCUGAAGAAGGGGACAGUCGCCGGUUCGAUCACAACCACCGCUACUGCCGUCAGCUUGGCGGCUUACCCUCAUGGGGGCGCCUUCCACCCUUACACCAAGCCCCUCGAUGGCGCACCAACCAACCUCCAGCCUCGCCUAUCCGCUCCUCUUCGUCGAUUGACGUCCUACAUCAACGACUCGUACCGAAUAUGCAAUCCGGGAUUCCGCUACAUGUCGAGCCUCAAUCCUCGGCGCGUGCUCACCAAACCCGCACAAGGAGUGCACAACCAAAACUACGAUAACGCCAACUUCGAUCUCAUACUCUAUGUCAACGACAUCCUCGGCCUCCAGACCAAGAACCGGUAUGUCGUGCUGGACCUGCUUGGCCAGGGCACGUUUGGCCAGGUGGUGAAGUGCCGCAAGCAGGACACGGGCGAGAUAGUCGCCGUCAAGGUGGUGAAGAACCGCCCGGCCUACUUCAACCAGGGCAUGUUCGAGGUCCACAUCCUCGAAGUGCUCAAUUCGCGCUACAACGGGGACCAGCACAAUAUUGUGCAAAUGGUGGACUCCUUCAUGGACCGAGGUCACCUGUGCCUGGUGUUCGAGCUGCUGAGCGUCAACCUUUUCGAGCUCAUCGCCCAGAACCAGUACAAGGGUCUCUCGACCAACCUCAUCCGCAUAUUCCUGCGGCAGAUACUCAAGGCCCUGGUCGUGCUCGAGGAGUGCGGGAUCAUCCACUGCGACCUCAAGCCGGAGAACAUUCUCCUGCGCAACACAACAACACCACACAUCAAGCUCAUCGACUUUGGAAGCGCGUGCUACGGACAUCAGACGGUGUACACCUACAUACAGUCUCGCUUCUAUCGAUCACCCGAAGUCCUGAUCGGCCAUCCAUACACGACGUCCAUCGACAUGUGGUCGUUGGGGUGCAUGGCCGCCGAACUCUUCCUCGGCAUUCCGCUCUUCCCCGGACACAACGAAUACAACCAGUUGGCGCGGAUAGUCGAAAUGCAAGGCGACAUCCCGCAACACCUGCUGGAGCGAGGCAAAUUCACGCCCAAGUUCUACAACGCGAUCCCGAUCGACAGCGCCCGGUUCCACUUCCAGAUGAAGUCCAAGGAGCAGUGGUCCGAGGAGAACAACACCAAGCCGCGUCCCACGAAGCGAUACUUCCCGGCGGACAAGCGGCUCGGCGAGAUCAUACAGGCCUACCCCUGCAAGAAGGGCAUCACGCCCCAGGCGCUCGACCAGGAGAAGCGAGCGCGCGUUGCGUUUGUGGAUUUCAUCGAGGGCCUGCUCCAGAUCGACCCAAACGAACGAUGGACGGCGGAGCAGGCCGGCCAGCACCCGUUCGUCACGGGACAGCCCUUCACCGGCCCCUGGACCCCGCCGCCCCGCAAGCCGGUCACUCCGCUCAUCGCGCCCCCGCCUUUCGGCCCCGGCGUGGGACCCACCGCGCGCUCGCCGCCGGCACUAGCGCCCGCCACGGCUUCCGAGCCUCAGCUCUCCUCCUCCCUGCCGCCCGCGUCCCUCGCCAUCAACCCACCAACAGCGGGCCAGCGAAGACCUGGCCCGCUGCCGAUGACCACCGGCGGACCGCCGCCGCCCAUGGGUCUGCCGGGUGGUACCGGCGGCGGCGUGGGACCCGUCUACAGCCUGGUGGCGGCGGAGAAGAACGCAGCCCUCGGCCGGCGGGGCAGUCUGCCGGUGGCCCACGACCUCUCCGCGAUGAUGCCCUCGGGUGUGCCCCUCAUGGCCGGCGGCGGGUACCCACCGCCGCUGCCGCACGGCUUUGGUGGACCGCCGCCGCCGUAUCCGCCGCCGGGCAUGCAGCUGCAGGGUCCGCCACCGGGCCAUCCGGCCAGCGCGGGCGGCAACCCACGCGGCGGCGCGCAGCAGCAGCGACCGCGCGGACAACAGCAGCAGCCGCAGUACCCAUCGCCGCCGUCCGCGUCAUCGCACAUCCAGCGAUCGCCUCGGUCGAUGCCCAACAUGGCACCUUCGGGCGCCUACGGCCAACAGCCGCUGAUGCAAGCGCAGCACGGGCAACGCGGUGGUGGCGUGCCGCCGGGCUACGCCGACCUAAUACCUUCGGCGUCGGUCACGCUAUCGACGUCGCCUACCACCACGGCCACCACCACCUCGUCGCUGCCGUCGUCGCCCAAGUCGUCGUCGGCCCUGGCGGCGGACCCGGCCGUGGCCUACUACUACGACUCGUCGACCUAUCCGCCGCCCGAGCACGGCAACGCCGCGGGCCGGGGCAAGCCCACGCUGGGACCCUUUCAGAAGCAACUCGACGCCCGCAACCAACACCGGCGGCGGUCGGUGAGCAUGGACCCCAAGCGACAGGGCCUGCCCAAGCAGCGAACACAGACCGCAGCGGCCAUCUCGGCUGCGGCGGGCGAGAUCUCCGCGGGUGGCGGCGGCGGUGUCGGCGGCAGUGGCAGCGGUGGCAAGGGGAAGGGCAGCCAGCGGAUGACCAAGGGAACGCAGCAGGGCGGCGGGCGCGGGGCAUUUGCCGCCGACGAACCCAAGGGACGCGGCGGGGCCAAGGCUCAGGACGCGAAGGGGCACAUGCAGCGGGCCGGGAGCGCCGACGGUGGCGAGGAGACGACCAAGGGUGGCGGGUCCGGAAGGGGGAGCGGCCGGCGUCAGCGAUCAGUCAGCAACAUGGAGCCCGUGGAGCGAAAUGGAUCACACAACGGAGACACCCACAGCAGUGAGUCGCCGGUGGGCAGCCCGACGUCGGAGAUGGAAAGGCUGAGCCUCGACGGGAGCAGCCCCGAGUCGUUCAUCCCGUCGCCUUCCGACACCUUCAACGCCGCCCUCUCCUCGCUCACGUCCACCUCGUCCUCUUCAUUUUCCUCCUCCUUCGCGCUCUCGUCCUCGGCCGCCUCCGCCACGCGAUCACCCAAGGGCCCCGCCCGACAGCCUAAUUCCUCCUCCUCAUCUUCUUCCUCUACUUCUUCGUCAUCACACACCUCUUCAUCAUCUUCAUCAUCAUCUUCAUUUUCGUCGACAACAUCGUCGGCUACCCUCGGGCUCUCGCCGGAAAGCAACGCGCGGAAGCGAUCGCCCCGCUCCCCGCGCAAGCAGCUGCCCUCGUCCAAGCUCGGCGGCGGCGGCGGGGCGGGUGGGAAUCUGAACGGGCCGUCGUCGCUGCCACUGUCCUCCAUGUCGACCGCGGGCGCCUCGUCGUCAUCACUCUCUGCUCGGUCCCGCCCUCCCGUAUCCCCUCGCAACAAACAGCCACAAACACCACAGAAGGGCAAGGCCAGAGAGAGGUCCCCGCCGCGCACCCGCGCAGUCAUUCCGCCGCACCACCAGAUGCACCCGUCGCCAAAUCAUUCGAACCAGGCCGCGGUGCAAAGCGAGGACGACGGUUGGGAUUCGCGUGCCACGGAAGACCUCAUGUUCGACGAGGGCUCGCCCUACGCCUCGUCACCCACAGGCAUGAAGUCUCCGCCGGGCGCGGAGCUGGGCGGAGGCGCGGUGUCAAAUGGGAGCAACAGCGAGCGGGCCGGGGUGGACAUGCGCCAGUCGAAUCCCAUCAGCAUCGCGGGAGGCGGCGGCAGCUACACCGGCGGCCGCGGCUUCUACGCCGCCCAGCCCUCGGACGCGUCGUGGAGCGAGUGGUCCACCCUCCAGGCGCCCAAGUUCUCGCUGGAGUCGUCGUACGGGGCGAAGCCGCCAUUCCCGAGCGCGGUCGGGGCGGGGAGCUCGUUCUCGGACUCGGCGUCGAGCGCCAUAUUCGGGUUCAGCCCGUCGUCGAUGCCCUCCCAGGGCUUCUUCUACUCCCAGCCCUUCCCGCCUCACCAGCAACAGGGCCAGCCCUCCUUCCAGCCGUCCACCAGCAAUCCGUCCGGCAUGGACCCUAGAUAUCUAGGAGGACCGCCACCAAUCGUGGGAACUCCCCUCAUGGGAAUGGUGCAUUCGUCGUUUGAGGUGGGCACGCCGGGAGCGGGGCGAGGAGGCCCCGACGACUGGGCGUCGUCCUCCCCUCGCCACCCUCACCACUACCAACAGCACCAGCACCAGCACCAGCAGGCCUACUCCUCCCCCUAUACUGCUCGACAUCCACCUCAACACCACCCUCACCACCCGCCCUCAUCCUCUUCCUCUUCUUCGUCUGCGCCACCGCCGGUGGGCGGCAUUCGACCACCGCCAGCCUCCUCCGCUGGGGAGGACUAG